ACGUGACGUCAGCCGGCCGCCUCAGUAGAGUAAUGGCGACGUAGAGCUCGGGCGGGGAGAAGGAGGCAGCGACCAGAAUCGGACUCCAUCCUGCGCGUAGCGGGGCAGAAUGACAAUAAAACUCGGCGGAGCAUAAUCUGCAGUGUCCCGCUCGUCGCUCGGUACCGAUAUUGCCCGGGUGUGUUUGACAAGGAGCGAGAAAAGUGAGAGUGAAAAACGUUGCCCGAGAUAGAUCGGGGGACAGAGGGAGAGGUGCCCUCAAUCAGCGGGCUCCGUCUCACUGGGCGACAGCAAGCAAGGCCGGCCAUGGAGCUGAGAGUGGGCAACAGGUACCGGCUCGGCAGGAAGAUCGGCAGCGGCUCUUUCGGAGACAUUUACCUGGGGACCGACAUUGCUGCAGGAGAGGAGGUAGCCAUCAAACUGGAAUGUGUGAAAACCAAACACCCCCAAUUGCACAUUGAGAGCAAGAUCUACAAGAUGAUGCAAGGAGGAGCCAAGUGUACAAUUGGGAUCCCCACCAUCAAGUGGUGUGGUGCAGAGGGAGAUUACAAUGUGAUGGUGAUGGAACUGCUUGGACCAAGUCUUGAAGAUCUCUUUAACUUCUGUUCCCGUAAAUUCAGCCUAAAGACAGUUCUCCUCCUUGCUGAUCAGAUGAUCAGCAGAAUUGAGUUCAUUCAUUCAAAGAAUUUCAUCCACCGCGAUGUGAAACCGGACAACUUCCUAAUGGGACUGGGAAAGAAAGGCAACCUGGUCUACAUUAUUGACUUUGGGCUAGCAAAAAAGUACCGGGACGCACGAACACAUCAACAUAUACCGUAUCGUGAAAAUAAGAACCUUACAGGAACGGCUCGAUACGCCUCCAUAAAUACACACUUGGGAAUAGAGCAAAGUCGACGUGAUGAUCUGGAGUCUCUAGGCUAUGUUUUGAUGUACUUUAACUUGGGGUCACUGCCUUGGCAAGGUCUGAAGGCAGCAACAAAAAGGCAGAAAUAUGAGCGCAUUAGUGAAAAGAAAAUGUCAACGCCCAUUGAAUCUCUCUGCAAAGGUUACUCGUCCGAGUUUGCUACUUACUUGAACUUCUGCCGCUCCCUGCGUUUCGAUGACAAACCAGACUACUCGUACUUAAGGCAAUUAUUUCGAAACCUUUUCCACCGACAAGGCUUCUCUUACGACUAUGUCUUUGACUGGAACAUGCUCAAAUUUGGAGCCAACAGAGUGGCAGACGAAGAUCGGGAGCGCAAGGAGCUGGAGGAACGGCUGAGGCACAGUAGAAAUCCAGCAGCCCGCGGCUUACCCUCCACCGCCUCGGGGAAACUGAGGGGAAAUCAGGAAGUGGCCCCACAGACACCUCUCACUCCCACAUCCCACACCGCUAAUACAUCCCCACGCCCUGUCUCAGGUAUGGAACGGGAGCGUAAAGUCAGCAUGAGGUUACACCGCGGUGCUGCCGUUAAUGUUUCCUCAACAGAUCUCACUGGCCGUCAGGACACAUCACGAAUGUCAACAUCACAGAAUAGCCUAUCCAUCGAGCACCAAGGCAUGUAGCUGGUCCACACGCACUGAAGGCUCCGCUGGAUCCCAGCCCGGGUGACUACCAGCGGCAUCCACUCGUCUGUUCCUCGAUGAAAGGGACUCACCAUGGAGAGUGAUCAAUGCAUGGCCAACGUCCCAUUAUAACCUUGAAACUCAUGACCCCCCUCCCCAACAAAGCCAACUGACAAAGUGAAGAAGCUCUUGAUGCCUUCAAAUGCAGGAAGAAAACUUUAACAGUUUUUUUUUUUAGGAACAUCUUUGCAAGGAGACCUUUUGCCUGACUGCAGUAUAAGAUACGUUAAAAGAUUGUGCCCACUGCUUCAGCAGCGGGGUGGUUUUCUAAAGACGGUUUACAGAAUUUACCGCAAAUAGAAUAGGUAUCGCCAUCCCUUCUCCUUCCAUGAUUGGCGUAAUGUAGCCUUUUAUUACUCUACUGUACAACGUAGACUAUACCUGGUUUAAAUAUUUUGUAUUGCCCUUCUAAAUUUGACAGCAGCAUCGGUGUAGAAAAGUAGAAUGUUGUCCAGCCUUUGUCUGAUGCUCUAGACGUCUGAGAAUCUGAAAUGAGAAUUGACUGACUUGAAAAAUCCUGUCAUACGUAGGGUUGGCAGUGAGUGUUUGUGAAUUUAAAAUGCAGCUGAUUUUAUUUAAAAGCUUUUUCCAGUCUUUUUGUAUUAAACUUGAGUUUAAAAAUGUUUUUUGGUAGUACACUGUAACAAUUAAUGUUUUUUGGUUUAGUAUCUAGAUUUGUUUGCACACUUUUUAACUUCCACAUUUUAUUUUUGUCAUGAAACCUGAAUGCUGAUUGAUGCCAGUGGCCAUUUGGCAUCUUGUGGAAGACACUGACAACGCACAGGGAAAAUGGCAGUGCCAAGGCUUAUCAAAAACUGUGACCUUAAAAAUGAAAAUGUGGAAGAAUAAAGUUUUUUUUUAAAGUUAAGGUAAAGCUGUGUUUUGGUGAAUUAUUUUUUUAAUUUCUGAUUAGUGUUGGUAUCGAGUUUGUCUCGGGAUUUCCUAUCCUAAGGAUUUGUAGCAUCUCCAUUAAUCACUUAGGCGUAGCAAAGUCUUUUAAACAGAGCUGUGAAGGAUUUGUACAGUUAAAAUGUGAAUUCUGCCAUUAGCUUGGGGGGGGGCUGGUGAAAUUUUACAUUCCAGUGCGCGGCUUCUAAACCUAUAUCUUGAUUUUGUUUUUAAAUGUUUACAAGUGACAACAAUUCAAAAGUUUUUGAAAGCCAACUACGUUUCAUCUUAAAAUUGAGUUUUAUAAGAAUUCUUGGCCAUUGGUAUAGUUUCAGGUAGCUGAAGGAAUGGAGGAAGUUCAGCCGAACUCAUGGAUGUGUGUGUGUGUGUAUGUGCGCGUGCUUCAUCCUAUGCACAGUCUAGGCCCUUUUUUGUUCAUAACAGCCAGGUUUGUAAUUCACCAGCCUUUUGGGAGGUCGCAUGGAUGGGCAUCUGGAGGCAGCAAUGCCUCACCAUAUGUGCAUGCGCGCGCACUGACGUGUUAAACAGGAGCACAGCACGGCUGUCAUCGUUACCCCCAGGCUCCCCAUUUUGUUUCAGCAGUCCCUCAGUUUUUAUUUUGUAAAUAUGCGUGUGUGUGGUUAAAUUAAUGUUUUACCCUAGAGGCUGAGACUUGAGAAUCAAUGUUUUCUUUCUAACUGGUGGUGCCUCCAAGACAAUGGGCUCUUCCAACUUUUAUUUUGCGUGGAUGGACCAUCAGUAUCUCAGGUGGCUGGUUUCCCCUCUAGAAUGUCUGUGUAUAACAUGUGAUGGUAACAAAUGCUGGUAACCUAUUUGUAUUGCAGCUGUAUUUGUGUACUUAAAAAAUGUAAAUAAAUUCAUAAUAACUUGUAA